UUCAUCGCAGGUUGUUAAGGUUGCAGAUUUUGGUGUAGCACGUGUUAAAGCUGAGUCUGGAGUUAUGACUGCUGAAACAGGCACAUAUCGCUGGAUGGCACCUGAGGUCAUAGAACACAAGCCCUAUGAUCACAAAGCUGAUGUUUUUAGCUUUGGAAUUGUAAUGUGGGAGUUGCUUACAGCUAAGCUCCCAUAUGAAUACUUAACCCCACUUCAAGCAGCCGUAGGCGUUGUUCAAAAGGGUUUGAGGCCUACCUUACCAAAGAAUACUUAUCCAAAGCUUGAUGAGCUGCUGCACAAGUGUUGGCAACAAGAUCCAGCUGCCAGGCCUGACUUCUCAGAAAUAUUGGAGAUACUACAGCUUAUUGCUAAAGAAGUCGAAGAUGAAUCCGAUGACUGCCGUAAGGAUAAGUCAUCAGGUGGAUUUCUUUCUGUUCUACGACGUGGCCACUGA